AAAAAGAAAAGAGAAAAAGGAAAGCUGAGUCAACCGUCUAUGGUUGGCGAAGAGUCCAAAAAGGCCACCAAAAAAGAAGGGUCUUUGCUCAUUCCUUGGCUUCUCUCUUCAUUUUCUUUCAAUCUUCGUCUCUCAUUUCCCAAAAAAGCAAACAAGAAAAGAACCCAGUAUAUUAUUGGAUCGUCCCAUCUCAAGACAUCCAUAUUCUUUCUUUCUUUCUUUUUUUGUUUCUGUCUCUGCAACUAUUAACUGAUAAGUUUUGCUCGAAGUUAUAAUUUUUGCUCCCCAUUUUUAAGCAAGGAAAGAGGAACUUUUUCUUGAGACACAAAGAUCUGUGCUUUUUCUUUGCUUGAUUUUGAGCAAGCUUGGUUCUAUUCUUUACUUCUUUUAUUUUUUUUUUCUUUUUGGAAUUGCUAAAGUGAAGAGUUGAGGUGUCUGUUUUGGAUGGGACUUUGCUGGAGCAAUCGAAUCAAGGCUUAUACUCCUUCUAAUACAGGACUGAAUUCAAAAAAUGUCAGCAAAGAUGAGAAGAGUUUGAGUAGUUCAAGUAGCAAAUUCUCGUCGUCUUCUAUACCCCAGACUCCUAGGAGUGAGGGUGAGAUCUUGCAGUCAUCGAAUUUAAAGAACUUUAGCUUUGCUGAGCUGAGGAAUGCCACUAGGAACUUCCGACCAGAUAGUGUACUGGGAGAAGGGGGUUUUGGUUCAGUUUUCAAAGGUUGGAUCGAUGAGCAGUCACUUACAGCUACCAAGCCUGGUUCUGGCGUGGUGAUUGCCGUGAAGAGACUUAAUCAAGAAGGAUUUCAGGGCCACAGGGAAUGGCUGGCAGAGAUCAACUAUCUUGGGCAAUUGCAGCAUCCUAAUCUUGUUAAGUUGAUAGGUUACUGCUUUGAGGAUGACCAUCGGCUUCUGGUUUAUGAAUUUAUGCCUCGUGGCAGCAUGGAGAAUCAUUUAUUUAGGAGAGGAUCUCACUUCCAGCCUCUUUCUUGGAACAUUCGCAUGAAAGUUGCUCUAGGUGCAGCAAAGGGGCUUGCAUUUCUUCAUGAUGAUGACGCAAAAGUCAUUUAUCGGGACUUCAAGACUUCUAAUAUUCUGCUUGAUUCAAAAUACAAUGCGAAGCUUUCUGAUUUUGGCUUGGCCAGGGAUGGACCAACCGGUGAUAAAAGUCAUGUCUCUACUAGGGUCAUGGGAACUUAUGGAUAUGCCGCACCAGAGUAUUUAGCCACAGGUCAUUUGACUGCGAAGAGCGAUGUAUACAGCUUUGGAGUUGUACUUCUAGAAAUGUUAUCUGGCCGACGAGCUAUAGACAAGAAUCGGCCAACUGGGCAACACAAUCUAGUGGAGUGGGCAAAACCUUACCUUACAAACAAACGCAGAGUUCUCCAUGUUCUGGAUACGCGUAUUGAAGGCCAAUACUCUCUUAGUCGAGCUCAGAAGGUGGCCAGCCUUACAGUUCAAUGCUUAGAUGUAGAACCAAAAUUCAGGCCAAGCAUGGAUGAAGUGGUCCAGGCAUUAGAGCAGCUUCAAGAAUCUAACAAAAAAGAGAGCAAUACAAGGGCUCAUGGGGACACCAAUGAUAGACGAACCUCUUAUCCCCGGCCAUCUCGAUCCCCACUUUUUGCAUAGGCAGGAGUAAGAUUUUUUAACAUGAAUAUAAUGGAGUCCUGGAAUGGGGAUGUGGAAGCAUUUUAGGAGUUUGCGCGUGAUAUGUGCUACAAAAUCAUGUGUUUAUUUGUGUACAGUUUUUGGUUUGCAGUUUCCAUGUUGUAUUUAAGCCUUCGUUUUGGAUGUUUUUUCUGGUUGCUGUCAGAAUGACAGCACAUAUUUUUAUCUGGAUGUUGCUGCAAUAUUCUGUAAUUGUAAACAGCCACAGAAAUGCCAAGGGUUUUCACGCGAGUGUAUAAUUGAGUAUAUUUUCUCUCUUUCUUUA